AUGAAUGUGACGGAGUUGAAUCUCUCGGAUUGCUGUGAGCAUUUCUCCUGUCCAGAGAGAUCUGUAUCUCCUGCAGUUUAUAUCUUACUGUACGUGUGUUCAGCUGCUGUGGUUCUUCUAACAGUGUGUGGAAAUCUGCUCGUCAUCAUCUCUGUUCUUCACUUCAAGCAGCUUCAUACACCGACCAACAUGCUUGUGCUCGCUCUGGCCGUGUCGGAUUUCCUUGUUGGUGCUUUACUAAUGCCGUUUAUGUUUAUCUGGAUGAUCGAGUCAUGUUGGAUGUUUGGAAGAAGAUUCUGCACAUUUUUUUUGUUGCUUGGUGGUGUUUUCUUGAGUCUAUCCAUUUAUAAUAUUGCACUGAUCGCUGUGGAUCGCUAUUUGGCGCUCUCAAACCCAUUUCUCUACACCAACACAAUCUCUAGGAGGACAAUGAGCAUCGUGAUUUAUGCAAACUGGUGUAUAUGGCUGGUGUAUGUUCUAGCGUUCUUUUAUUUCAAUGGAAACUUCAACACUGCUUCAUUGUGUCCUAGGGAGUGUGUUUACAUUAUGAAUGAGGUUUGGUCUGUAAUUGAUCUUGUAAUAACAUUUAUAUUUCCACUUUCUGUCAUAAUCAUAUUGUACAGUCGGGUUUUUCUGAUCGCUAAGAAACACGCCACUGCUAUCAGAGAGCUUAAUAAUCACACACGACCUCAAACACAGAAAAUCACCUCCCACUCCAUGAAAUCUGAGAGAAAAGCAGCCAAAGUCCUCGGUAUUUUAGUGUCCGUGUUUCUGGCAUGUUUACUUCCAUAUUUUAUUUAUAGUUUAUUAGGUGGUGUUAUUGAACUACAGUUAGAAACAUUUCAGAAAGUCUUGAUAGUUCUUUAUCUGAAUUCCACCAUUAAUCCAUUUAUUUACGCUCUGUUUUAUCCGUGGUUUAGGAGGUGCAUUAAAUUAAUUAUAACUCUGCAGAUAUUCCAGACAGAUUCUGCAUUAAUCAAUGUUCUUACAUGA